UAAUUAUUACCCUCGUAAAAUUAUUCAAGAAUGGCAAUUCUGAUAUUAGCAUGUACUCUUAAAUGUACUUCCUCUCUCUUUGUGUCUCAGUUCUUCACUCCAAAAAGCAUCUCCCCAAUCUCUCUCUGUGUUGGGGUUUCUAAAUCACACUCCAAUGGCAGUUUCACCAUCAUCGUCGCCAGCAAUCACAACAAUAUCAAUACCAUAUUCAACCCCAAAACCAGACACUAAUAAGUCUUCGUUCUUUCCCAUUUUCAUCUCAAGAAAAGCCAUGGCUUUUGCCUAUGGCUCCACAUUUAUCUUUGUGGCCUUCACUGUCUUCUUGAUCAUAAACCUUUCUGGCUACUCUUCCCUUUGGUUCAAGAACAUCUUCCACACCUCCUCCAUUUUGUCUCACCUUUUCCCUAACUCUCCUCUGCAAAACUCAUACUCUCAAACCCACCUUCCUUUUUCUCCUCCCUCAAAUACCCAGUUCCCCAUUUCCAGUAAAGGUUCAUCUUUUUCUGGGAAAAACAAUGGUAGUGACAGUGAUAAUGUAGAGGUUGGUUUGAGAAAGAAUGGUACGAAAAAUGGGGUCUUUAGCGAGGCAUUGUCUGAGAAGCAAAGAAAACGGAGUUGGUUGGAGAUGAUGAAUGGUUGUGAUGUUUUUGAUGGGGAAUGGGUGAGAGAUGAUACAUACCCUAUUUAUGUGCCGGGUUCUUGUCCUCAUAUAGAUGAGCCUUUCGAUUGUUUCCUUAAUGGCAAGCCUGAUAAUAUGUAUGAGAAGUAUAGGUGGCAACCCAAGGGUUGCAGUAUUCCAAGGUUGAAUGGUAGGGACAUGUUGAAAUUGUUGAGGGGAAAGCGUCUGGUUUUUGUUGGGGAUUCUCUAAAUAGGAAUAUGUGGGAGUCUCUUGUUUGCAUUCUUAGAAAUUCGGUGGAAGAUAAAACUAGAGUUUUUGAAGCCUCUGGUAGAUAUGAAUUCCGGUCAGAGGGUUCUUAUUCUUUUAUAUUCCAGGAUUAUAAUUGUUCGGUGGAGUUUUUCCGAUCACCAUUUCUUGUUCAAGAAUGGGAAAUGCCAGACACGAAUGGUUCAAAGAAGGAAACACUUCGCCUUGAUGUGGUUGAAACAUCCUCUGAUAGGUACAAAGGUGCAGAUGUUCUCAUCUUCAAUACAGGGCACUGGUGGACUCAUGAGAAAACUUCCAGAGGGAAGGAUUAUUAUCAAGAAGGAAACCAUACCUAUGGUGAAAUGAGUGUUGAAGAGGCAUUUAGGAAAGCUUUAUCAACAUGGGCGAGAUGGGUGGACACCAACAUUGAUCCAAAGAAAACCGUUGUAUUUUUCAGGGCCUAUUCUCCCUCUCACUUUAGGGGUGGAAGAUGGAAUUCUGGUGGGGAGUGUGAUAACGAGACUGUGCCAAUUAAGAAUGAGGCAUAUUUGUCAGAAUAUCCAAGUAUGCUGGGGAUUUUUGAGUCAGUAAUGAGGGGGAUGAAGUUUCCAGUCUUCUAUCUAAACAUUACCAGAAUGAGUGAUUUCAGGAUUGAUGCCCAUCCAUCAAUUUACAGGAAGCCGAAUUUGACAGAGGAGGAGAGAAUAUCGCUUUUGAGAUACCAGGAUUGCAGCCAUUGGUGCCUCCCUGGUGUUCCUGAUACAUGGAACGAGAUCAUAUAUGCUCAACUCCUCAAACAUAACCAACAGCAGCAUCAAGAACUGCAGAAGACACCUGCAGUAUAAAUAAAAACAAACUUAGCUUCUCUGCCAUGGGUAUAAGCAUGAUAAAUUAAUACUUAUCCAAAAACUUCACCAUAAUGGAGUAGUAACCCAAGUUAUUGCCUAAAUUAGCAGUUGCAUUGACCUAGACUAGAUAGAAUGUUGAAGAGGGGUGCUAUCCAAAAGUUGCAUUAAGCAAAGGAGUUUAAAUCAAUUUCCAAAGGGCAGAUAGAUAUUGUGAAUUGUUGGCUGGUUCCCAUAGCUAAUGACAGAAUCUCCAACUAUUUAUGGUUGACAACGGUUGAAAUUACAGAACUAGAUAACCAUAAAAUGUUGAAGCUUUUUUAAUACUCCCAAUAUCAGCCAAUGAUACUGUACUAGUUCAGUAUAAGGACAGAGAUAUCAAGAAGUAUUUUCUUGCUCCCAGAGCUAAUGACAAAAUCCUCAACCGUUAUACUUUGAAGCUGGUUCAAAUUGCAGCAAAGGCCACUAAAAUAUUGAAGCUUCUUUGUCCAGUUGUCCUCCCAAUACAAUGGAUGAUACUGAACCACUUCAUACAUGUUGAGUAUCCUGUAUUCACCCUCAAAAACUGUUAUUAAAACACCUUUGCUUUAUGCAGCUCAUAAUUCAGAAAGCAUCCAUUCCUUUGUGAACCUUCUUCUUUAGCAGAAAGCAACUGCCUUUAGGCAAUAAACGUGGUUUUGAGUUAUACUGCUAAUUUUAGGGAUCAAUGGCACUUUAUUAUUUAUAGUGAAACGUUAGGAGCGUUUCAAGAAGUAUAGAAUACAAAGUGGGAUUCUUGGGUUGGGGUUGGUAUGACAAGCUGUAACAAAUAUUUAUUUUUUUGUAUUUGUAGGAAAGGGGUUGGUGGUAUGACAAUGUGUAGCAUCAU